AAGCAGAAGCUCCAAGAACUGCUAGUGCACAUACUUCCAUGUAAGAUGCUGGAUGGAUGCAUCCUUGGUGUCUCUUUUUUUUUUUUUUGAAAGAAGCAUCCUUGGUGUCGAAGGUACGGUUCAAGCAAUUAAGCAAAUCUCACGCACCUCAGGGAAUGAAGACAAAAGACAUCAUGGUAUGACUCACUACACCACUCUAGUCAUGAGAGAAAACGUGAGUGUUCCUCUCUAGAAGCUACCCCAGAACACAAUUUGCCUGCUGCUAUAAAGAAGGGGACGGAGUUUCAUCUGUCUCUCCAGCAUCCACCCUAGUCUUCCUCCUCCACUCCUCAACAAGCGCUAGAAUGAAUCUUUCCCCAAAGCUUUUCGCUGUCAUCUUCCUCCUCUUCCUCCUGGGUUCCAAUGAGAUGCAGCAGGGCCCGGUGCGCGUGGCCAUGGCGAGGGAGUGCCAGUCGCCGAGCCACCGGUACAAGGGUCCCUGCGCGCACGAUGCCAACUGCGCGAGCGUCUGCCAGACCGAAGGCUUCAGCGGCGGCAAGUGUGUAGGCUUCCGUGCCCGCUGCUUCUGUGUGAAGGCUUGCUAAUAAGCUACCUGCUGAUGCCUGGCAUCCUGCGUACAUGUGCUAUGCUCAAUAAGAAUGAAUAAAACAUGUAUGCACGCAUCAGUCAUUGCUUCUCCACCCGUUGGGAGGGAGUGCUGUUGCGAUCAUGUUGUUGUGCGUAGCCUGACCCUUUUUUUUUAAUAUAAUUGGCAGCCUUCCUAUCUUGUUCCUUUUUUUAAGAAAAAUACCACAAUAAGCAGAUGAAUAAAAUAAACAUAUGAAAGUCUUGAAUC